AUGAACAAAGCUCACCCUCCUGAGUUGAAAAAACUUAUGGACAAGAAAUUGUCAUUGCAAUUAAAUGGUGGCAGACAUGUCCAAGGAAUACUGCGGGGGUUCGAUCUGUUUAUGAAUCUUGUGAUAGAUGAAUGUGUGGAGAUGGCAACUAGUGGGCAACGGAACAAUACUGGAAUGGUGGUAAUACGAGGAAAUGGUAUCAUCAUGUUAGAAGCCUUGGAGCAAGUAUAA